AUGUCUUCAUUAAUCACAUCCACUGUGUCAUUAUGUGGCGCUAAGAUCAGUCUGUUAAUGAGCUCUUUCGGAUUCGAAAGAGCUUGGCCGUUGUCAGUGACAAAAUUCAUCAACUCUUGGCGCGAACCCACAAUAUUUCUACUUUCUAUCUCCACUUCCUUAUUUAAUUCGCCGUUUCCAAUUUUUCGCAGCCAAUCAGUGAAUUGAAUUUCAUUCUGUCCCUGACGCAUAUUAAUGUUCAGCUUUAUUAUAUUAUUUCUGAAAUGCGGCCACAAUUGUAAUGAAGACUGUAAACAGGCAUUGACUUGAUCU